AUGAUAACACUACGGAGAAAUUUAUUCAAAGGAAAACUAAAAACGCCACCAUCACCAUCACCAUCACCAGCACAUUAUGAGUAUUCUAUAACUCCAAAUACUUAUACAUUCAAAGUUCCAUCUUUUAAAAGACCAUUAAAUCCAAUACAAUUAAUAUAUCAAAAAGCAGUAAACUUCCCAUUUGAAACUUCCAUUGAUGAAACAUAUAAAUCAUAUCCUCACAUAACAUCAAAACAACUACUAAAUAAAAAAACAAGACCAAAAGGAGUUAUUAUGACAACAUCUGAUUUCAUUGAAGAUCUGUUAUAUAAUAAAAAUUAUGGAUAUUUUAUGAAAGAAGUUGAAAUUUAUCAUUCAAAACCUUUUAAUUAUAAUCAAGUUGAAGAUAUAGAUGAAUUUAUUGGUGAAUGGAGUAAAUCAUAUUCAAAAUAUUCUAAAUCAUCACAAUUAUGGCAUACACCAACAGAAUUAUUUAAUCCAUAUUAUGGUGAAAGUUUAGCAAGAUAUAUUUUAUUAAAUUAUAAACUUAAUGGGAAUUAUCCUUAUGAAGAUUUAAUCAUUUAUGAAAUGGGAGGUGGUAAUGGUACAUUAAUGUGUAAUAUCCUAAGUUAUAUCAAGAAACAUGAACCUGAAAUAUACACCAAAACUCAAUAUAAAAUUAUAGAAAUUUCAAAUCAAUUAGCAGCAAAACAAAAGGAAUCAUAUACAAAAAAAUUAAAAGAAGAAGGAUUAGAUUCAAAUAUAUUAACAAUAUACAAUAAAUCAAUUUUUGAUUGGGAUCAAAUUGUAGAAGAACCAUGUUUUUUCAUAGCACUUGAAGUAUUUGAUAAUUUUGCACAUGAUAUGAUAGCUUAUGAUAUAAAUAGUGGUGAACCAUUAGAAGGUAAAGUCUUGAUAGAUAAAAAGGGAGAUUUUUAUCAAUUUUUCACUCCAGAAUUAAGUGAUUAUUCAAAUGCAUAUUUACAACUACGAGAGAAUUCUAAAUUUUCAAUACUUGAUCAACAAAAGACAUUUAACGGGAAAUUGGAAACCUUCAGAAGUCUUUUUGGAUCAACUCACCCUUUAUUAGAAUCAACAACCAAACUUAAGAUAAAGAAUCUGAUUUUACCAUUUAAUGAUGAUUUGACUCCACCAGAAUUUAUUCCAACAAGAUUAAUUAAAUUUUUCAAUAUAUUAAAACAUAAAUUUCCAAAUCAUUCAUUAAUCAGUUCAGAUUUUCAUACAUUACCAAACACAAUUAAAGGAUUUAAUGCACCUGUUGUGCAAACAGUACUAAAUAAAGAAACUAUAGAUGUUUCUACAUAUAUGGUACAUCAAGGAUAUUUUGAUAUAAUGUUUGCAACAGAUUUUGAAAUGGCUAAUGAAUUAUAUACAAAAAUAACAGGUAAAAUAUCAAAAAUUAAUACUCAUAAAGAAUUUUUAGAACAAUGGGCAGAUGUUGAUGCAACAACUACAAAAUAUGGAGAGAAUCCAAUGUUAGAUUUUUAUAGAAAUGUUAGUUUUUUAACAAGUUAA